UGUACAUCUCUCUUAUUAUCACCCCGACAGUAUCCUGCUCAACUACGAACAGUACGCGUCCGUCUGGAUUGUUUCUUGCUCGCUUGCUGCAAGACAAGGCCCCUUGGACGGCAUGAAGACGGCGACGCUCCUGGUGGUGGCGGCGGCGUGCGUGGCGCAGUGCGGCGCCGGCAUGUGGGCGCAGCCGCAGCCCAUGUUCGGCAGCGCGCCGCCACUCGUCAACCGCAAGGUGCACGCCAGCUACAUCAACAGCUCCGCGGGUCCCAUCCGAGUUGUUCAGGUGGUGAACGUGAACGUCCUGCCGGUGCGCGUGUCGCCGCCGCAGGGCCGCGACGUGGAGACGGUGGAGGAGCACGACAACAGCAUCCCGGCCUUCGGCAGCGACGACCGGCGCACGCAGGUCGACGUCUUCGUGAACGAUCCGCCCCCGCAGCUGCCGCUGUCGCCCCCGCAGUCGGGGCGCCGGCCGCCGCCGUUGCGCCUCACCGACUACGCGCCCUUCCUGGACUCGAACCACGUGCCCCAGCAGCCGGCCGCCAGGGACGGCCACUUCCUGCUGCCGCUGGCUGCCUACAGCCACGACGCCGAGCUGCACGACGACUACCUCGACCAGAUCGUAGACUUCGCGCUGGAGAUCAUCUGCAGGGGGAUUCACGCUAAGGGCAAAGACGAAGUGGCGGCGCCGGACCUGCACCGGGAGUUCGUGCGCAAGCUGGGCCCGCUGCAGCUGAAGGGCAGCUUCGACGCGACGGGCGGGCUGGCGCGCAACCUGUCGACGCUGCGGCGCACGGAGCCGACGACGGUGAGCCGGCAGGGCGAGACGCUGCAGCUGCGCGCCGGCCUGGGGCUGGCCACGCUGGCCGCGCGCUACGAACACUACGAGGCGCGCCUCGGCUCCGUGCAGGCGCAGGGCCAGCUCGCUGCCACCGUCGCCUCAGACUCCAUCGCCGUCACCGUCAACGUCUCCCUGGGGCAGGCCAACUGCCUGGCGCUGCAAGACCUGCGCAUCGACCAGCUGGGCGAUAUCGACGUCAAGUUGACCGGCCUUGGCGAGCUCAGCUGGCUGACGUCAAAGAUCGUGUCGUGGCUGAGCGACCACUUCAAGACCGAGGUGUCGGCGUCCGUAGAGCAGCAGCUGAGAGACGGCGUGUCGCAGGUGCUGGGCCGGGUCAAGUGCGACGUGCAGCAGUUCCUCUCGCUCAGUCUGAGCCCCUAGCCGUUCACCACUCUCCCUCUCUCUGCCGCUCUCUUCUCAUCCACUGUCUUCUCAUCCUCCACAAUGUGCCACACUGUUUGUACGCCACUUUUGUACGGUCUUUGCUAUGUAAAGAGAACUGAACGAUAAUAAAUGUCUGAGUGUCCUUUUCCAUUUAUAAAA